CCUAUCCCUAUCCGUCUGGAAGAAGACCUACCCAUAUGGCAAGCUGUACUGCAUGGCCGUCCACCACCAUCUUCUUCACUCUAAAAUCAACACCUGAGACCACCGCACGGGGCCGGGGCCGGGGCCGGGGCCGGGGCCGGGGCCGGGUUCAGGUCGGGGUCGGAGCCGCCGCCGCCGCCGGGCGCCCUCAGGGCCCCUCGCGCCGUCCCGGCCCCGGCGGAGCAGCUGCCGCGGCCCCGCCCCUGAGGCGGUGGCUGGUGCCGGGCGGGGCGGGAGCGGGCCCGGCUGGAGCCUCUGCGCCAGGGGAGCCUCCGGCUGGCGGCGGAGGAGGCUCGGCCAUGGCCGAGUACCAGAUCUCGGUGGAGGAGCUGAACGACCUCCUGGCCAACGGCAGCGGCUGCUACAGCCUGCCCAGCGCGCACAGCAACGAGGUGGUGCCGCGCAUCCACGUGGGGAACGCGUUCAUAGCCAAGAACAUCAUGAGGCUGCAGCGUCUGGGGAUAACCCACGUUCUGAAUGCAGCAGAGGGGAAAUCAUUCAUGCACGUGAACACUAAUGCAGAGUUCUAUGAAGGCACAGGCAUCAGAUACCAUGGCAUUAAAGCCAACGACACACAGGAAUUUAACCUCAGUCGCUAUUUUGAGGAGGCAGCUGAUUUUAUUGAGAAAGCACUUGCCCAGAAGGAUGGCCAGGUGUUCGUGCACUGCCGGGAGGGUUACAGCCGCUCCCCCACGCUGGUCAUCGCCUACCUCAUGCUCCGGCAGAACAUGGACGUCAAGACUGCCCUUUGCACCGUCCGGCAGAAGCGGGAGAUCGGCCCCAACGACGGCUUCCUCAGGCAGCUCUGCCAGCUCAACGAGCGGCUGGUGAAGGAGGGCAAACUGAAGCCCUAGGACGGGGAGAGAGCCGUAGUACUUUUUUUUUUUAAAGUUUCUCAGACCUUUAGAGGACAUCUUAGGUGCUUUAGAGAGCCCCCCCAAACCCCAACCAGCCAGAAUUCCUGCUCGUCCGGUGAAAGUAUCGUUCUUGAACUCUGGGACUGCCUCUCGAGGUGGCACCAAAUUGUGUCACCGUUUGGAGCUGUUGCAAUAAAGAGGUGUUUUUAGAGGGAUAGCUGUUAUCACUGGAGUUAUCUUCACGUGUAUGUCAGAGCCCCUGAAGACUCCACAGCAUAUGUGGUUUGCAUUGACACUGAGUGUGAUUCAUUCAAGCUUUGUCUUGUGUCUCACCAGAGCACGAGUUUCUGAAAGCCCCAACACGUCUCUUCACUCACUCUUUAAAACAAGCACUGUAAUUUCUAAAGCUUCUUUUUCGUGCACAGAGGUGCCUGAUGUUUGAAUGUAGGAGCUGAAAGGAAUGGAGAAGUGUAUAUAUUUAUGCACAGAUGCACUGGUUUGUAAAAUGAAGUGUGUGCAGUGUUUAGUGUGGAUUUAUGCAAUACACAGUGUGUGACAGUAAAGCCAUUCAGAGCCCAUUCUUGAUGCACACUGUAUUUCCAAGAAUAGUUGUACCUCUUGCUGUUGUGAUUGACACGAAAUAGUGUGUUAUUAAAUGCCCUUUUAUUUUUGUUUUGAAGUCAUACUAGAAAAAAAUGUCAACAGCAAAUGCUGAGGAAAAGACUUGAGCAAGGAAGAAAAAAUGUUUGUAUUUAGAAGUGCUUGUACUGGAUGUAUGAUAAAGUCCUAAGUAUCAGAAUGUGAUGGCUUUCAAAGUGUCUUUAUUCCUUAUUUACUGUCACUGUUUAUCAACAUAGAAUAGAAUGAGCACACAUACUUCCAGCAGGGCAGCACAGGUGUGCUUUCAAAGCAGUUUGCAGAAGUAUACUCUUGACUUCUUAGAUUGCUUGCAUGGUGUCAUUAAACAGAAAUGAGAAUUGUAACCUACCACACUGUAUAGGAAAUAUUUACUUCCUAUUAAAAUAAAUGAUGUCUGGAUUCUGUUUGGCAUACA